UUUGUAGUCUGUAGUUAAACUUUAGGUCACAUAGUUUUAUAUCUUCUUCACAGCUUUUAAAAUGGUGCAAACAAAUGUAAACUGGAUAUUUUUAUUAUCUUUCAUGCUUAUGGCAGAGGCACAAGAUCCUAAAGUGUUAACGACUAUAGGUGAAAUUAUAGGAAGAAAAGUAACUAAACCUUUGGAAGAAAUAAAAAAGUUGCAAAAAGAAGUGAUAUACAGAGAAGUGCAUGAAUAUCUAGGAGUUCCGUUUGCCCAGCCACCUACCGGAGAUUUAAGGUUUAAGAAGCCAGUCGAGCUGAAAAGCUUGAAGUCUCCAUUUUAUGCGCAGAACCAUGGUGCCGUGUGUCCACAAAAUGCCGUUAUCUUUAAUAUUUCUUCUCGCGAAUCAAGUGAAGAUUGUUUAUUUCUUAACAUUUAUGUACCGGUACGUCCUGCAGACAGACCGUCUGGGCAUGCUGUAAUGAUAUGGAUACAUGGUGGUGGAUUUACUGAAGGGGCAGGAAGAGUUUAUGACGGUGGUAACAUGGCAUUAUCUGGUAAUAUAAUUGUGGUUACUAUAAAUUACAGGCUAGGUAUGUUCGGCUUUUUAAGUACAGAUGAUGAGAACGCGCCCGGGAAUUUUGGUCUUUGGGAUCAGCAUUUAGCAUUUAAGUGGGUCAAUGCUCAUAUUGAAUCUUUUGGUGGAGAUAAUGAAAGGGUGACUAUAGCUGGGGAGUCGGCAGGUGCAAUGUCAGUAACUCAACAUGGGCUGUUUCCUGAAAAUCAGGGACUUUUCCAAAGAAUCAUAGCACAGAGCGGAAGCAUAACAAUACCACUCCGAGACUUUGAACAGCCGCUUUUUGACAACACUUUAUUAGUGGCUAAAAUGUUAAAUUGCAAUACUGAAAACAGUGAUUUUAUUAUGGUAUGUUUACGGAAUGCAAGUUCUGAAACUAUUUUAAGGGCAUUCUUUCAACUUAGUUAUAGAGUAAAUUUUGGACCAAUAAUCGAUGGUGACCUUAUCAAAGUAAAUCCGCAAAAAAUUGCCAAAUCAGCAGAAGAAUUGAAAGAAAUUGAAUUUUUUAGAUCGGUUGAUUUUCUGAGUGGUUUCAAUGCAUAUGAAGGGGCGUUUCUUUGGGCAACCGUAUUAAGCAGAGGAAAUAUAGAAACAAUACAACCGACACGACGAGAAAUGUCGACAUCUCUCUUGCCCUUUAUGUUGAAUCGAAUAUUCAAAUCAGGUCUAAAUCCUGGUACAAUGAAAGUUAUAGAAGCGCAGUACACUGACUGGGAAAAUCCAUUUGACAGUAGUUCUAUUCGUCUACAAAUUACGAAAAUGUUGGGCGAUUCAAAUUUCGGUGUACCAGCAAUUGAGAUGGCUCGUUUACAUAUUAAAUCAAAUGAGUCACGACCGAACAAUUUUAUGUAUCAUUUUAGACCAAAACCAUCCGUCGUUACCCUUCAGACGCCUAGUUGGAUUCCAGGAUCAAACCAUAUGGAUGAACUUCCUUUUAUGUUCGGCAUGGUCGAUAUACUCGGUAAAGUGGCAGGAAAUGAAUGGGAAACAGAACUGGCAUCAAAAAUGGUGGCAUACUGGACAAAUUUUGUCAAAUCUGGCAAUCCGAACAUCCCCGAACAAGUGACACCAAAUUGGCCAGAAUACAGCUUAGAUACCGGCGACUUCCUAAAUCUCGACAAAACCAUGUCAAACACGUCCGCUGAUAUUUCUACGCGGAGGAGGCUAACUUCUGGCUGGACGUAUUUCAGGAAUUGGUCGGUACCGAAGAAGAAGAGUGCAUUCAAAAUAAUGAGACAAGCUCAGCUGUUUAUUUAUAUACAAAUUGUUUAUUGACAACCAUGUUGGUUAUAAUACUCACAUCAAAAGAGCUAUUUUAAAAAAAUAAGGAACAGUCAAUAUGCAGGUGUAACUGCACUUGAAACAUUUCUUAUACAUGUACAUGAAUUUAUAAUGAGUCAAAAAUGUUCAUUUUACUGAUUCAUAUUUUCAUAAUUUUAUUUUAUCAUGAUUUAAAAUGAAUCAAAAACGAAAGUUCACCACACUUUCUUCCAAGUAAACUAUGCAAAUCUAUUGGUAGCGCCGAUUAUAUUCAUGUAUUCAAAUUUGAAGUCUUCCUGAAGAUAUCCUUGUCGUUUUGUUUAUUAUAUCAGUAGAGUCAUAUUUAUCCAAAUUUGAAAGAUAUCAUGUCUUGCAUUUUCAUCUUAAAAUAGCAAAUUCAAUGCCGCUUCUAAAACCCAUUUUGUUAAUAAACUGCAUUAGAUCUUAUUGAUGGUUACCCACUGUCGGCGCUUGUAUCUACCCAGGCUAUCCUUCACAUCUUCCCAGUCUUACCACAACUGCCCAGUCUUACUGGUACUCUGUAUGGCUAAUCGAUUUUUAGUACAGUUUAAUAUUUAUAUCCAAUAUGAAACGCUUAACAUAUAGAACAUAUGAGGUACAAUGACAAUCGUUAGAGAACUAGCAUCCCAGAUUCAAUGUACCUAAGUUAUUGUACGUGUGACAGUGCGUGACUAACUUGUUAACCUAACUACAUUUGAAUUUCAAAA